ACGAGUAGCCUUUCAAUAGAGCCAAACAAUAUAUAGUUCUCCAUUAUUAAAACACUUAUUUAUAAUAAAAAUGUAUAACAUUUAUGUAAUUUUUAAUGUUUGUUUCAUAUUGAUUGCUAGUUUAAUAACAGAUAGGAUUAACGCAGAAAACUACAAAAUAACAGAUCAAAUUUUUAUGGAUGUUAAAAUCGAAGACGAUUACACGGGCAGAAUAAUUUUUGGUCUUUUUGGGGAAGUAGCUCCUAAAACCGUGAAGAAUUUUAAGCAUAUCGCCCUUCAAGGGAUCGAUGGUAAGCGAUAUGUGGGCACCAAUUUUAUUAUCGCCAUAAAGAGGGUCAUGAUACAAGGUGGGGAUAUUUUAUAUAAUAAUGGAAGUGGUUCUAUAAGUAUUUAUGGUGAACAUUUUGAAGAUGAAACUUUUGAGGUUAAACCAGAUUCAGGGGGAUUACUGGCAAUGGUUAACGAUGGAGUCCCAAACACGAAUGGGUGUAUGUUUUUUAUCACUACAAUGCCAGCCCCCUGGUUAGAAGGAAAAUAUGUGAUAUUUGGCAAGGUGUUAAGAGGGCACGAAGUAGUUCACAAAAUAGAGCAACUAAAGACCGAUUACAGCGACAGACUGAAAAGUAAUGUACAGAUAAUCAAAUGUGGACAAAUAAGUUUUACACCUUUUUAUGAAGAUCAUAAGAAUUAUGAGUACGUAUUUGCUAUGCAAAGGAUAACAAUUUGGGCCUGGAUAAAAGCCGGAUGGUUUCCAUUGAGUUUCUCAUUUGCAAUUCUUGCAUUUUUCCAUUAUUUAUUAAAUAAAUUAAAUUCUCUUCAGCAUAACAAAUACGAGUAGAUAUUGUUACACCACUGUAUUAAUUUAAUUGCUAUAGUAGAUAUUUCACUUAAAAGAAUAUUUACGCGAUAGUUAGUAAAACAAUGAAAAAUUGAAUUUAAAUAUAAACACCUAUAGAUUUCUUUGUACAACUGUAAGAUAUAUUUGGUAAAUAAAUAAUUAUUUGAA